AUGAUAAUUGAUCAAUUUUGUUCAAAGAUUUUACCUGAAAUUCAUAUGAAAAUUAAAUGGCUAGAUCUUGAAUCAUCAUUUAUGAAAAAUAUUCUACAUGUCGUCGAUUAUCCUAAUUUAUAUGGACUCGGUUUAUAUAAUAUUGAAGAAGAGACAGCUAAAUAUCUUUUUACUGACGAGAGACUUAUAUCUUCUAUUUUUAAUAAUCAAAUAACAACACUUAUUAUUCCUAUUGAUCCAGAUAAAAAAGACUGGUCGAUAAUGGAAAACAUAUGCAAUCAGAUCUUUACUGUAUUUAUUAAUUUAACUCAUUUAAUAUUUUGCUAUGCAUCAUAUAAAAAUAAUGCUAGAUUAUUAUUUAAGAAUCGAUCUCCUACUUUUUCUUCUUCAUCUCUUUUGAUAUUAAAUAUCAAGGUUCAAACUUUUCGGGUAUGUCUUUAUAUUCUUGAUGGUCGUUUCGAACAACUUCAUACACUUCAUAUUGAAUUGGCUAAUAUUUUACCUCCAUCAGAAGAAAUUGAAAAUCAAAGAAAAAUUCCAAAUCUCAAAUAUUUUGUUUUGUCUUGUUUGUUGAAAACAUCAUCUUACAAUCAAUUAAUUUUACCACUUCUCUAUCGAAUGACAAAUUUAGAAAAACU